AUGAUUCCAAGCUCAUUAUCUCAACUCAAGUAUCUUGAAGAUCUUAAUUUUGCUGGAAACAACUUGGGUGGUAAAGUCGAGCUCGACAUUUUUUUGAAGCACCGAAACCUUCUUCACCUUGAUUUGUCAGCCAACAAAUUAACGGUGCUUACCAAAAAUAGUACCAAUGCUACUAUUCCGAAGUUUAAUAUUCUAGGAUUGGUAUCGUGUAACUUGAGGAAGUUCCCCAAUUUCCUACAGUUCCAGGAUGAAUUGGAGACGUUCUCUUUUAGUGAUAACAAAAUUCAUGGUGAAAUACCAACUUGGUUUUGGAACAAAUCGAAAGAAACUAUGACUGCAAGGAUCAUUACCAAUUCCACCACCGUCAAUCCAUGUUUAUCAAGUCCCUGUGAUUCUUUGUUAGUGCUCAAUCUAAGUCUCAACAAUUUUCAUGGCACUAUUCCUCACAUGAUGGGGAUAAACUUGAAGAUGAUUGAUCUAAGUCAAAAUCAUUUACAUGGGUUGGUGCCAAGAUCAUUGCAAAAUUGUAAAUUGCUUGAGAUUCUUGUUCUUGGAAAUAAUCAGAUGGAGGAUACUUUUCCCUCUUGGUUGGGAGCACUUCCUAUGUUACAAGUUCUUAUUUUGCGAUCUAACAAAUUUCAUGGUGCCAUUAACGUUUCUCAAGCCAAAUUAAAUUUUGCAAAAUUGCGCAUCAUUGACCUCUCUGACAAUGGUUUUUCAGGAAACUUACCGUCAGAAUACUUCGAAAACUGGAAUGCAAUGAUAAUGGUCAAGACAGAAAAGUUUACAUAUAUGCAGGCAAGUCAAGAAGUUCCAAUUACAACUGUAAAUUCAAGAUCGAUAAUUUUAACUUUGCAUAUGCCGCCUUACAUGUAUUCAAUAACAAUGGAUAACAAAGGCACACAUAGAUUAUACGCGAAAAUCCAAAAGGCCUUCAUAGCUAUUGAUUUGUCAAACAACAAAUUUGGAGGGGAAAUUCCAGAAUCUCUUGGAAGGCUCAGUGGACUUCAGAUGUUAAACCUUUCCAACAACAAUUUCACUGGAGUCAUCCCAUCAUCCUUGGCAAGUUUGAUCAAGCUGGAAUCAUUGGACCUUUCGCAGAACUUGCUCUCAGGAGAGAUCCCUUAA